UUUUUUUCGUUAAUUCUGCCACCUGCCACACUGGCAGAACAUGGUUCUGCCAGUUCUGCCAGUUCUACCGGCAGAACUGCUUCAAAAUACAAUACUACCCUUGAUGGGUAGUACCCGGAGUGUCCAUCCCUAGUACCCGCCACUAUCUAACCCACUCCCUUUGUGCCGGUGCGGGUACAUGACCGGGUACGGGUAUAUAUAUUCUCAAACACCCCGGAGUUUACCUGUGCAUUUGCCCACUUACAUUGUAUCGCUUUUUGACCAUUUUUGACCGUUCAUUUCAGGUAGGAAUUAUAAAGGCUACAAGUCCUGGAUUCUCCAGCAUCGACCUUCCUUCUAUUCCCACUCGUCAUCGAAAAGUGUCUGUAGACUCUAGUAUACCAUGGAUACUCUUCCAAGGGUAACCUACUACCUCCCAGAAACCAUGACCAAUUGGCCCUGGCCUCGUGCUAUCAAUCCUCACUUCGAAGAUAUGAAAGCUGAAGUUGAUGCUUCAUUCCGUGAUAUCAAGGCUCUAAGUCCUGAGUCACAGGAAGCAUUCGACAAAUGUGAUUUUGCCCGCCUAUCAGCUCUGAGCAGUCCCAAUGUGCCCAGAGAAGUUCUUCGAAUCGCUUGUGACUUGAACAAUGUUUACUUCAUUGUGGAUGAGUACACCGACAUCGAAAACGCGGCAGUCACCCAGGAAAUGUUGGGCAUCGUGCUCGAUGCUCUACACAAUCCCCAUAAGACACGACCAGAAGGCGAAUGCAUCCUAGGUGAAAUUGUGCGACAAUUUUGGGCUCGUGCAAUCCAGACCGCAGGCCCGUCUUCUCAGCGUCACUUCAUUGAAAAUUUCACCACAUACCUUUCUGCACUGAUCCUUGAGGCUACCGACCGCGAACAAGGCCAAUGCCGCAGUAUCAAUGACUACCUGAAGCUCCGAAGGGACACGAGUGCCAUCAAAUCCGCUGUCGCAGUAUGUGAAAUGGGAAUGGAGCUUCCUGAUGAAGUGUUCUACCAUCCCAUUAUCGUGGACCUUGUUGACUGCAUCACAGAAUUGUGUCUGAUUGACAAUGACAUGAUUUCGUAUAACAGAGAGCAAGCGACUGGGGACAAAAACCAUAACUUGAUCACUGCUAUCAUGAUGGAACUCGGCCUCGACAUAAGCGGUGCGAUGGCUUGGGCAGCGCGCUAUCACGCUGAAGUUCAAAAACGAUUUAUGGGCGGUCUUACUCAGGUCCCUUCUUGGGGACCGUCCAUCGAUGUGCUAGUCCAAGAGUAUCUUGAUGGAAUAGCAAUUUGGGCUCGAGGGCUCCAUUGUUGGGGUUUCGAGAGUCAAAGAUACUUUGGCACCAGGGGCCCAGAUAUACAGGAAACCAGGCUUGUUACAUUGUUGCCAAAAGUCAAAUGCAAAGACGCAUCUGCAGCGGCCAGGGUUAGUGUUGCCGAUUUGUCCAAGAUCAUGCACCAUGAGCAACCAUCUGGUGUGCUCGGGUUUGGCCUAUUUUCACCUCUCGAUUAA